AUGGAUGCGUCGGCCAAAGCUCAAAUUCCCGUCGACGAUGAACUGGAUGAGGAAGAAGGCGAGGUCAUCGAUUCGGCUCCUCCUCUCCAACUCAGAGAAGAAAGAGCUCUCGGUGCUUCCGGCAUCAAGAAGAAGCUACUCAAACUCGGCUCUAGCUGGGAAACUCCUGAACUCGGUGGUGAAGUCUCAUCAAGCGGUUUUAGGUGUCAAAACAUUUUUUAG